AUGACUUCAACACAGACUAUCACACUUGAGUCUCUACCUCACAACUCAAAUGUCUCAACUGCCAGAUCCAACAAGCGAUCUGGGCCACCGAACCUACUCGGCUUUGACCCAGCCAAUGCCGAUACAAUAAUCAUAGCAUCCCGGCUCGCCGAUGCUGAAGUCCCUGAUGGCGGGUACGGCUGGGUCGUUAUAUUUGCAUGUAGCACGGUCACGUUCUGGUUCGUGGGAACGACAUAUUGCUGGGGGAUUAUGCAAGCUGCUCUUGUUGCUCGAAAGCUUUCAAGUCCAUCUACGAUCGCCUUUGUAGGAUCACUAACCUGCGCCUGUAUUUCAAUAUUGGCUCUUGUGAAUGCGAGGGUUAUAAGGGCGAUUGGGGCGAGAAACAGUAGCCUGAUUGGCGUUGGCUUGUUAGGUCUAGGAGAGAUAUUGAGUGGGUUCUCAACGAGAAGUGUUGGGGCUUUGUUUUUCAAUGCGGGGGUUAUUAUGGGACUUGGAUGCAGUAUAUUAUUCAUGGUGAUAUGCACAGUUCCAGCCCAAUACUUCAGCAAGAAGCGUGGAAUAGCAAAUGGAAUCGUCUACGCCGGAGGUGGCAUAGGCGGAACGGUAAUUGCCUUUGCAGUCAAUGCUUUGAUUCAAGAACUGGGGCCUGAAUGGACAUUCCGAAUCCUGGGCUUGGUAACACUUGCUACGGGCCUUCCAGCGGCAUGGCUGAUUAAGGAGCGUGCUCCUAUAACUACUACAACAUUUGUCGAAUGGAGCCUUUUCAAAAACAUACAAUUCUCAACCCUUUUCUUCGCCGGCGUAUUAGCUACAUUCCCUCUUCCCGUACCCCCUUUCUUUCUCCCCUUGUACAGCGCAUCACUCGGUCUCUCCCACGGUGUGGCAGCUGGUCUGGUUGCCGGUUUCAACUUCUCAUCGGCAAUGGGCCGGCUUUGUUGCGGCUUGCUUUCUGAUUCCAUAGGUCCGGUUAAUACGCUUUUUCUUUCAUUGUUACUGAGUGCUGUGAGCAUGUUGGUCCUGUGGCCGGUUUCGAACUCCCUUGCUCCGCUGGUUGUUUUUGUGAUUAUUAAUGGUGCGGCGAAUGGGGGGUUCUUCUCUACUAUGCCGACGGUUGUGGGAACUGUGUUUGGGUCCCAGAGAGUGGGUGUUGCGAUGGGUAUGAUUGUCACUGGGUGGGGUGGAGGUUAUUUGAUGGGCGCUCCAAUCGCCGGAUAUCUCCUGGCAGCAUACGGAGGAGAAAAUAGUACUCUGAAGGCGUAUCAUCCAGCUAUCUUUUACGCUGGAUCAAUGGCCCUUGGCUCUGCGGCACUGGUCCUAGUGGUGAAGUUGAGACUCAGCAGAAAUCCCCUUAAGCGUUUAUGA